GCUUAGACGUUGAUGGAGACUGGAGCGACAUUUAAAGAGGCAGCACAAGCGCCCGGGAGUCCGGCUUCUUCUCGUGGGAGGACUCUGACCCUUCCUCGGCCUGAGGAGGAGAAAGCGGCAGCGGCGCGGAGCAGGCAUGGAGAGUAGGAAACUGAUUUCUGCUACAGACAUCCAAUAUUCUGGCAGUCUGCUGAGCUCCUUGAAUGAACAGCGUGACCAUGGACUCUUCUGUGACGUUACUGUUAUUGUGGAAGACCGAAAGUUCCGGGCGCACAGGAACAUUCUUUCAGCUUCAAGUACAUACUUCCACCAGCUCUUCUCAGUCGCUGGGCAGGUUGUUGAACUGAGCUUUAUAAGAGCAGAGAUCUUUGCAGAAAUUCUGAAUUAUAUGUAUAGUUCUAAAAUUGUCCGUGUUAGAGCAGAUUUACUUGACGAGUUGAUUAAAUCAGGGCAGUUACUAGGAGUGAAGUUUAUAGCGGAGCUUGGUGUCCCGCUGUCACAGGUUAAAAACAUAUCAGCACAGGAUGGUACUGAUGAGACCUUACCUCCUGAUUCUAGUGACAAAAACCUUGAUAUACAGAAGUCCAAGGAUGAAGCCCCAGAUAAUGGGGCUACUGUGAUGCCCAUUAUAACGGAGUCUUUCUCAUUAUCUGCCGAAGAUUAUGAAAUGAAAAAGAUCAUUGUCACUGAUUCAGAUGAUGAUGAUGACGAUGUCAUUUUCUGCUCUGAGAUUUUGCCUGAAAAGGAGAAUUUGCCAAGUAACAACACAAUGACACAGGUCCAGCCUAACCCAGCCCCUGUUGCUAUUUCAGAAGUGACACCUUGUGCUAGCAAUACCUCCCCACCUUUAACAAACAUCACACCUGCUCCGAAGAUACCCACACCUGUAAAUCAGGCAACUCUUAGCCAAACCCAAGGAAAUGAAGAAUUGCUGGUGUCUUCGGCUUCAACACAUCUGACUCCUAACAUUAUUUUAUUAAAUCAGGCUCCACUUACUACACCACCAAGUGUCAGUUCUGCACUUCCCAAUCAUAUGUCCUCUUCAAUCAAUUUACUUGUACAGAAUCAGCCGACACCAAUCAAUUUACUUGUACAGAAUCAGCCAACACCAAACAAUGCUGUUUUAACAGGAAAGAAGACCAAUGGUGUGGAAGCGGAAGAAAUUAUAGAUGAUGAUGAUGUUACCAUUAGCUCCAGUCCAGACUCAGCAGUCAGUAAUACAUCUUUGGUCCCACAGGCUGAUAUCUCCAAAAGUACCACUUUUGAUGGAUCAUUGACACAGAAGGUACAGACUCCUGUAGUUCCUCAAGAGCCACCUUCCAAUUCUUUAAAAGUUUCAGAUGUAAUUACUAGAAACACUAAUGAUCCAGGCUUAGGAUCAAAGCAUCUAACGGAGGGUCAGAAGAUCAUUACUUUAGAUACAACUACUGAAAUUGAAGGCUUAUCAACCGGUUGCAAGGUUUAUGCAAAUAUUGGUGAAGAUACUUACGACGUAGUGAUCCCUGUCAAAGAUGACCCUGAUGGAGGGGAAGCCAAACUUGAGAAUGAGCUACCGAAAACAUCUGGCAGUGAACCAUCAAACAAGCGUAUGAAAGUAAAACAUGAUGAUCACUAUGAGUUAAUAGUAGAUGGAAGGGUCUAUUAUAUCUGCAUUGUAUGCAAAAGGUCAUAUGUCUGCCUGACAAGCUUGCGAAGACAUUUUAACAUUCAUUCCUGGGAGAAGAAGUAUCAGUGCCGUUACUGUGAGAAGGUAUUUCCUCUUGCAGAAUAUCGCACAAAGCAUGAAAUUCAUCACACAGGGGAGCGAAGGUAUCAGUGUUUAGCAUGUGGCAAAUCUUUCAUCAACUAUCAGUUUAUGUCAUCACACAUAAAGUCAGUUCAUAGUCAAGAUCCUUCUGGGGACUCAAAGCUUUAUCGCUUACAUCCAUGCAAGUCUUUACAGAUCAGACAGUAUGCAUAUCUUUCUGAUAAAUCAAGUGCUGUGCCUGUCAUGAAGGAUGAUGCUAUUGGGUAUAAGGUUGAUGCUGGAAAAGAACCUCCAGUAGGGACCACAUCUACUCCUCAAAACAAGCCAAUGAACUGGGAAGAUUUUUUUAUUCAACAGGAAAAUGAUUCCAUUUUUAAACAGAAUGUAACAGAUGGCAGUACUGAGUUUGAAUUUAUAAUACCAGAAUCUUACUGAACUCCUUUGAAAUACCAGAAAGUUUGCAUUGGAUUAAGGGGCAGGGAUUUCAGAAGGCCUGUGAAACAAAUUAAGGUGAAAACAUGUUAAUUUAAUCUGCCAUGUCAUCUGCAAGUAGCCAAGUUGCAUUGUUAAUUUUUAGAAGCAAUUUUUUCUAAAAGUUUGAGUAGAGAUUAAACACCCUCUGAAGUAUCUGUAUAGUUUAGCUUUCAGCUCAUCUAAAAGAUGAAACUUUUUGAAGGUACAGAGAGAUCAUUUUCUGAACAGAAUUUGAAGCAGUGUAAAUGUUCUUUGACAAUUACUGGAUUACUAAUAUACCCUAGUAGAGGUUCUACUGUACUAGGGUAACUUCCAUGCUAGCACUUUACAGCUGAAUUUUCAAUUUUCUUAAUGUUAAGCCUAAGUGUGUUGUGUCUUGUAUACAGCAUAAAAGGUAAAUUUCAGAGUAAGUUCUAACUAGGUGGUUUGUUCUGUGAGUCCAAAUAGAGAACAGCCUCCUGCCUCUCUCCUACUAUAAAAUAGCCAUGCAAACAGGUCUCUCCUAUGAAGAACGAGUUACUUCUAGCUAAUUGGGAUUAACCAUUGCUUUCCUUGCCAUAGUCUGUAAGAGACUUUGAUGACAAGGCCGCUGUAUGCUUUUAAAAUGUCCCUGAGCAAAAAAAAAAAAAAAAAAAAAAAAUGAGCUAGCAGGCAUGCAUGUAGUUCAAAGGGGAGGUAAUACAAAGUUCUUUUGUGCUUAUCUUUAAUCUUCUGCUUUUAUGUGGAGAUUUUUGUUAAUCAUGGUUAAAAAAUAUUCCCAUGAAAUGUUGUGAAUUUACUAUCUGAAAGCCACCGAAUGCAUCUUUAUAUGUAAUGCUGGUAAAUGCUGAGAUUCCAUAGAUGAGACUCAUGUAUUUUGGGUGGAAGGCUACUGGCAUAGAUUUUUAAAAGCUCACGUUAGACUCCCCAGUAGGAAGUUUUCAUUUUAAGUAGUUUUGAUGGCAAUCUAGCAUUGUCCUUUCAACAAGGUCUUUUAGGGAUUUUUUUAACCCCUUAAAAUAAGUUCCAAUCUGUGUGCAAACUGCUGUUAUAACAGAAACUGCAUGUGGAAUACUGCAGGCAUGUUGGUUCCUGUUUAUUUUGACGACAGUAUCCCCCUUCUUCCUUUAAAGAUGGCACAUAUUUAAACACUUAGAAUUUAAAACUUAAGAGUAGUAAUAAAAGGAAGCAGGUUGGAACAGAUAUAUAGCUUAGCAUUUAUAAAAGAUUUAACACAUUUCUGUAAAAAUUUAACCUAAUUUUUUUUCAAUGGAAAAAAUAAUAGAUACUGAAAAUGGUUGUGUUGCAUAGUUACUAGUCAUUUGUGACCUUGCUUAUGUAUUUCUUAGUUCAGCAUAGGUAUUUUCAUUCUCCUUACAGUGUAUUUUUUAUCUCUUUCUUGACUUUGAACUUAAAGCUUUAAUCAUAAUUUUUCAUGCAUAGGUCAUUUUUCUGGUGGUAAACUAG